AACAAUUUCUCUACAUCUCCUCUAUUUCUCCGUGAACGCUUGAAGUUUUGCUCUGAUACAACGGGCACGAAAUCCAUGCCAUAUCAAAGUCUCUCUUGACCCAAUCCAUCAUGCCAAACCCCGCAGGACCGCCAGAGAAGUCUGUCCUCGCCAGUGCUGUCGCCAAUACAUUAUCCAUCCUCACUCUUGUCACUCUUUCCUUCGUAAUCUUCGAAUAUCAACGGCUGCUCGAGCCGCUGUAUGCAACAGCUCCUGUUGAGUACCAUUUGAACAAGGUCAUCUGGUCUGCGUGCAUUCUCGGAAGCUUCGCUCCUACGUUGCCAAACGCCGCUGUCCUUGCGGCGGGUAUAUUGGCGGCUUUGUUACCAACCUCCGCGUAUUGGGUUGCCGCAUAUACUGGACGAUAUCAUGAUGUUAUUUGGGGACCAGUGGUGACUCAUUUGCUAGUACUGGCACCUAUUCUCUACUUGGGCGUCGGGAUAGUUAAGGCAUCACAUUCUAUGUUAUACUUAUGAGCUGCUCAGGAAUCCCCUGAUGGCAAUGUCAUUGUCGGUGCUGGAGGAGCUCAAGUCAUGAGUCUGCCGGUUUGCGGAAUGGCCCUCACGUCCUUGCGAGAGCUUUGGUCCGCCGUCCCUUACAUUCACACUCUAGAUGAAACAUUAACUUUGUCAUGGAUUGGUGGCUUCGCUAUAACCCUGUGGCUACUCAUGCCAUUCUUCACACUGCAGGGGAACGCCACUGUGCCAACUGAGCAGCCCACCCCAAAUCCACCUGAGUCUUUGACCAAGAAGGAGCGUAAACAACGUCUUAAAGCAGACGCUGUCGCAAAGACGGCGGUCACCAACGAACCGCCGAAACCAAAGGACACCCACAAGCCCACUGAAUCAGCGAAGAGUCAUGCAUGGCGUGUUAUGAUUCUUCCAAUCAUCCCACUCCUCAUAACCUUCGGCAAACCGCCAACCCUACCCAAGCCUCUCCCCGAGCCAUUCACUCAUCCUACUGCUCCCCUCCGAGUCCUUUCCUCAGUCCGUUCGAUAUAUUCGGGUGUCAUUCUAGUUGGAGAGGUUCUUCCCCCAACACCAGAGGCGAUCGAGACGGGCAACGUCAGGGAGCCUCAUUCUAUUAGGUAUCUUCGUGCUGGACAUUCCCUUCUAGGAGGUGUCUGGAUCGGGAACAGAGUGUAUAGACGGGAUGGUCAGAGACCUCUGGCUGUUGAUCGAGAUGGGACUCCACUUGGGGAUUCUAUAUAUGGCACUUUCAACUUGCAAGAAGCUGUGAGGUUGGUAGACAUGCCUGAGGUAAGUACACCGAAGAAUGCCUUGAUCAUUGGUCUAGGCGCUGGAAUCUCAGCAUCCGCUUUCAUGCAUCACAACGUAUCCACAACUAUCGUCGAGAUUGAUCCUGCUGUGUACGAGGCUGCGGAACAUUUCUUCGCUUUGCCAAAACCGCAGGAAGGUCAUCUGUUCCUCGAGGAUGCCCGAGAGUGGGUACACAGGAGACGAAACCAGUUGAAGAACCCUGAAGCAUCCAGCGAUACGGCUACCAAGUCUGAUUCCCUCCCAUUGUUCGACUAUGUUGUGCACGAUUGCUUCUCAGGGGGUGGACUUCCCGGGCAUAUAUUCACUAUUCAGUUCUGGGAAGAUCUGAAGGCGAUCAUAAGCCCAUCCGGCGUUGUCGCGGUGAACUUUGCCGGCAAAAUGGGCUCCUCAUCAUCUCGUGCCAUUGUUACUACCCUGAAGAAGGCUUUCGGACAAUGUCGCGCCUUCCACGACUCGAUGGAGCCGUUGACUGAGGAGCAGCUUCGAACGGAAUUUGUAAAUUGGGUGUUCUUUUGUACUCAUUCAUCCAAACCUUUGAGGUUCCGCCCUCCCAAGGAGGAAGACUACCUCACGUCCUAUCUGAGAGAAAGGGUACUAUCCACCUUACCUGAGCAUGAAGUGGCGUUCGAUAUGAUUAUGGGUGAUACAAACGUGGUUGACGAGAGCAAGUAUGUUUUGACGGAUAGCAAUAAUCCGUUGAUCGGAUGGCAACAAGUGGAUGCCCUGCACCACUGGGUGUUAAUGAGGCAGGUGCUACCGGACGUCUUCUGGGAGACGUAUUGAUGUAUUUUUCGCACAUGCCUGAGAUGGUUGCCGCGGCUGGCAAUGUUGUAUUUCUUAGCACACCUUUGUCAUUACUGUACGUUAGCACAAGCAUUGUCUCCAAAUAGUAUUGACCUUCCCGGCGACUUAUGGACGCAUAUGUACGUUGCUGCCAUCUCGACCUGCAAUUAGCAGUUCAGAAUGACAUGGGCGCUUAGUCAUUUUAGUGUCUCUUGUCCAAGCUUAGACCAACUUGAUUGUAUUAUUCGUCCUCCUAACUCUUGUCUCCGUGUUCUUCAACUUUUCACAUAUGUCUCCCGCUUCACAAUUAAAGGAAGAACACAUAG